UUCCACGCUUUUACCAUUUUCCUGUUUUUGAAAGACGGUUACACUUAUUGCUUUGAUUAUCAGCUGCUAUCUUUCUGGGUGGGUUUUUCAAAUGUUUUACAAGUGAAUGAUGAGCGCUUUUUUAGUGGUAGUUUCAUUUGUGUGGAUUCUUGUUCAUGGGUUAUGCAGAGCCAAAGCUUCAAGUCAAAUGGAAAUAAAGAUGCUAAAAUCAUGACUAUUGAUAGAAUCAAUGGAAUGGGCUUAAGGAGAUCUCCAAGAUUGAGUUCAGCCCCGCCUGAAACCAAAGAUUGCUCUUCAAAAACUAUCUUUAAAUCCUCUGAGAAUGGUUCCUACUCUGAAACAAGACCUUCUGGAACGGAUAAAGAAGCUGUUCUUUCAAAGCGCAAUGACCCAAACUUUUCUGAUGAAAAGCAGAGGAGAAAGUCUCCUAGAUUUGUUGCAGGGACUGAACAUUGUGGCGGUAAUGGGUCUUUGAGAAAAUUUCAAGAUCUUAACUCAGGCUUUCCAUUGAAGCAGUUAAGAAGAUCUCUGAAAAUUAGCCAGGCUACUAAAAAUGUUUGCCCUGAUGUCUCUAUUACAAGAUUGGAUAUGGAUGAAAGGGGCUCUUCUGGAGAGAAGCGGUUGGGAAUAUCUCCCAGUUCCGUGCACGCAACAGAAAAUGGUGACAGUAAUGCAUCUUUUAGAGAACAUAGGAGGGAAAUGUCUGUUGAAAAGCAGUUGAAAACACCUUCCUCACUUUCUACAUUAUUGGCUGAAGGUGAUAGUGCUGAAGUAAACUCUUCUUCCAAUAGAUUAUCCAAUUCAUGUGAUGAACAGCCUUCCAAGAAAUUUAAGAUCUCAUCAGCAGAAUCAGAUAUGUGAACCUCAGAUGAAACAUUCUCAAAGAAAGCCAAGGGCUCGUCUCUUUCAGGAAAGAAGAAGAGUCAAUCCAAGACUGAUGCCAUAUUUAUAGGCAAUCCAAUCCCUGAUGGUAAAGCUCAAGAAAGGUGGCGAUGGCGAUAUGAAAUGAAGAAUAUAAAAUCUAACAGAAAAGACAUAUCAUUGGAUGAUGAUGAUGAUGAUGAAGACAAGAUAGUUUGGAAUGUGGAAUGCCAUUAUGCUCAAGCUGAAAUUGAUGGAUGUACCAUAAAUCUUGGGGAUUGUGUUUAUAUUAAGGGUGAAGAAGCAAAACACCACAUUGGCAGGAUAUUAGAAUUUUUUAGAACAACAGAUGGAGAAAAUUAUUUUAGAGUCCAGUGGUUUUAUAGAGCUGAAGAUACAGUUAUGAAACAAGAGGCUACUCUUCAUGGCGAAAGUCGUCUAUUUUAUUCAACCAUAGUGAAUGAUAAUCUCAUAGAUUGCAUUAUUUCAAAAGUUAGUGUUACUCAAAUAUCACCUAAGUUUGGUUCAAAGUCAAAUUCUCUUCCCCAAUCUGAUUUCUAUUUUGACAUGGAGUAUUGUGUGGAUUAUUCAACAUUCUGCACCUUGCCAACUGAUAUAUUUUCAGAUAAUUCUUUCAAGAGCCACAGUUCCUCAAAGUGCUACGAGGAGGUUUUCCCUACGACUCCUGCCUUUUCAGCAAAUAUUCCUAGUUUUGGAACUUACAAGGCACAACUCACAAAACUAGAUCUUUACUCUGGUUGUGGUGGAAUGUCAACUGGUUUAUGCCUUGGUGCAAAAGCUUCGUGCAAUGAUCUAGUGGCGGUAUUUCAUCCAGUCACUGUUGACAGCGAUAAGUCGCCAUGUGAAAGCUUGAAAUUAAAUCAUCCAGAGACACAUGUCAGGAAUGAAGCUGCUGAUGAUUUUCUUCAACUACUGAAGGAAUGGGAAAAGCUUUGCAAACAAUAUAGAGUUAAAAAUUUAGAAAGAACAUAUCCAUCAAGAUCGAGAAUCUCCGAAACUGUCUGGAAUAAUGCCAGUUCUGCAAAAGAUUCUGGUACUCCUGAUGAACAUGAAGUUUCCAGUCUCGUUGAUAUUUGUUAUGGAGAUCCCUGCGACACAGGCAACCGUGGUCUAAAGUUUAAGGUCUGCUGGAAGGGUUAUUCUGCAAGUGAUGAUACAUGGGAACCAAUUGAAAGCUUAAGGAAUUGCCAAGAAUGUAUUCAGGAAUUUGUAACAAAUGGAUUCAGGUCCAAAAUCUUGCCCCUCCGUGGGGAUGUUGAUGUUAUUUGUGGUGGCCCUCCAUGCCAAGGGAUAAGUGGUUAUAAUCGCCAUAGAAAUGUUGAUUCUCCACUGGAUGAUGAAAAAAAUCGUCAAAUUGUGGUCUUCGUGGACAUAGUGGAAUAUUUAAAACCUAAGUUUGUUUUAAUGGAAAAUGUGGUUGAUAUUAUGAGACUUGUCAAGGCUUCACUUGGAAGAUAUGCUUUAAGUCGGUUGGUACUUAUGAAAUACCAAGCAAGGCUUGGAAUAGUUGCAGCUGGUUGUUAUGGUCUUCCUCAAUUUCGGUUGCGUGUUUUUUUGUUUGGAGCACAUUCUAGUGAGAAACUUCCACAGUUUCCACUUCCUACUCAUGAUGUUAUUAUCAGAUAUGGGUAUCCUGCUGAGUUUGAGGUUGCUGUUUUCUCCCUUAGAAUGCUUGAACCAGUAAUGUUCCAUCCAUAUAAUUCUGUUUGUCUUGUGCAGCGUAAUACAGUUGCAUAUGAUGAAGGCCAACCACGUCAGCUGGAAGAUGCUCUUGUUCUUCGUGAUUCCUUUUCUGAUCUUCCACCUGUAGUUGCAAAUAAUGAAGCCCGCGAAAAAAUGACAUAUGAAAAGCCUCCUGAAACUGACUUUCAAAGAUAUAUAAGAUCAAGUGAAUAUAAGAUGACUGGUUCUGAAUUAAAUGGUGCCAAAAGAAUAACGAACCUGUUGUAUGACCAUCGGCCUUCUCCGUUAUCUGAGGAUGAUUAUAUUAGAGUUUGUCUGAAUCCAAAGAGAAAGGGGGCAAAUUUUCGAGAUCUCCCUGGUGUAAUUGUUGGAACAGACAAUGUGGCUUGGAGGGGUCGAACACAGGAACAGCAGUUUUUACCAUCUGGAAAGCCAUUGGUACCAGAUUAUGUCUUUACCUUGAAACAAGGAAAAUCUAAAAGACCAUUUGCAAGAUUAUGGUGGGAUGAGACAAUGCCGACUGUUCUAACUGCACCUUUUUGUCACAGCCAGGCAAUAUUACAUCCAGAGCAAGACUGGCUUCUCACAGCCCGGGAAUGGGCAAGACUGCAAGGUUUUCCUGACUAUUAUAGAUUCCGCGGGACAAUUAAAGAGAGGUAUUGUCAAAUUGGGAAUGCUGUUGCUGUUCCAGUUGGUCGAGCCUUAGGAUACACAAUGGGGAUGGCAUUUCAGAAAGGGAGCGGGAAUGAACCACUGAUGAUCCUCCCUCCUAAAGUUUUCUCUUUCCACCAAUAUCCAGUUAGCAAAAUCAUUGUCCCAAAACACUGAUAGAUUGAAUUGAAUUCUUACUUUAUAUGUUCAAAAAAUGUAACAUUCAUGUAGUUGUGUAUUUUGGUUGGAAAAAUACCCAAAAGAAGGCACAUUUAAUAUGAACAAAUGCUAUGCAUCCGAGUAUUUUAGGUUCCAAAAAAGUGGUUAUUUGGUAAAAUGUUGGAAAUUUGACAACUGUAGAAAUGAGAUAAG